AUGUCGGAGACCGCUCCCGCCGCCGCUCCCGCUGUCGCGGCCCCCGCCGCCAAGGCGGCCGCCAAGAAGCCGAAGAAGGCGGCGGGCGGCGCCAAAGCCCGCAAGCCCGCGGGCCCCAGCGUCACCGAGCUGAUCACCAAGGCCGUGUCCGCCUCCAAGGAGCGCAAGGGGCUCUCCCUCGCCGCGCUCAAGAAGGCGCUGGCCGCCGGCGGCUACGACGUGGAGAAGAACAACAGCCGCAUCAAGCUGGGGCUCAAGAGCCUCGUCAGCAAGGGCACCCUGGUGCAGACCAAGGGCACCGGCGCCUCUGGCUCGUUCCGCCUCAGCAAGAAGCCGGGAGAGGCAAAGGAGAAGGCUCCUAGGAAGAGAACGCCCGCGGCCAAGCCUAAGAAACCGGCGGCGAAGAAGCCUGCCAGCGCAGCCAAAAAACCCAAGAAGGCGGCGGCGGCGGCGGCGAAGAAGAGCCCCAAGAAAGCCAAGAAGCCGGCGGCCGCUGCCACCAAGAAGGCGGUCAAGAGCCCGAAGAAGGUGACCAAGGCUGCCAAGCCCAAAAAGGCGGCGACUGCCAAAAGCCCGGCCAAGGCAAAGGCGGUGAAGCCCAAAGCUGCCAAAUCCAAGGCAGCCAAACCGAAGGCAGCCAAGGGAAAGAAGGCGGCGGCCAAGAAGUGAAGUAUUGAUGUGGAAAUACUUAAACCCAACGGCUCUUUUAAGAGCCACCCACCACUGUCCGAAAAAGAGCUGAGACACUCGGACAGUGAGCUCCAUGCCUGCAGCGAAGCUCACGAUUCGCCAUUUUUUACUCGCGAUCAGAUGGGAUGCUCGCCUGCAGAAAUAGCAGGACUCUGAGCUGCGGAACGUGGUUAGCACAGGGCUGGAAAAAAUAAAGUUUGCGCUCCCUGGAGAGGGGGGUGGGGAAAAAAAAGCAACCCCUCUUCGGGCUGCCUUUGAGCAACGAAGGACAGAGGUGCGUGUGUUAAAGGGAUUGCUGGGGUGGGUAU